AUGACCCCGAAACCACCAUCACAAACAAGCCAAGGUGGAGCCGCAAGUGUAGCUGUAGCUGGUAUUCCGUCAGUGACCGAAGCCACUCAACAACCUUUUACAUUUACUACUGGUCAGUGUCGUUACACAAAACCUUUCACAUUCAGUGGUGUUUAUAACCCAUUUGAUAAUACUUUAGAUGCACCCUUAUCACAGUUUCAACUACAAGAAGUCUCUGCUUCGACAAGUUCCACUCCGCUGAACCAAACUCCGUUUAUUUUGAAUCCCAGCCAGAGACUUCCAGCCAAACAGAGUUACUCCAUGUCAUCAUUGAUGUCUCAAAAUACAUCUGGAACAAUGCAUGGAGCUGUGACUGAACAUUCAAUAUCAGAUCAGGUACAAGCUUUGCUUGGAAUUAGCAACAAUUUUGUACCAACGUGUUCACAACAGCAGCAAAGUUCCGUACCAUCAUAUUCCCAGCAUCAACAGUUGGUCACCCAGUACAAUGAGACAACACCAUCAUAUACAAAUGCAACACCAGGUUAUAUGCAGAUAACAAACCCAGUUAUGAAUAGUUGUAAACAAUAUCAGCUAUCAAACCAGAAUCCAUCUAGUGCAACAAGUUUUCCAACUUAUCAACAAGUAGUUCCGUUACCACAGCAAGGUGUGUCUAACCAGUACCAGUCAGUUUAUCAGAUGCCGUUUAUACAUCAAGUUCAACAGGCACAGCUCCUGGGUAUGUACUCCAACAUACAGCCUGCACCAGUAAGACAAUUUCAAACAGUCUCUUCAGUCGCAGGUCGUGCUCAUCAAACAAGUACUCUCCUAACCAAGAAAGAAGUUCCUAAAAAAUUCUUUGCAAAGCGGUAUUUGAUGAUAAGUCUACAGAUUGGAUCUUGGAAGCAUGAAAUUGAUAGCAAGCAGUCUUCCAAAUCUCGAUUGAAGGUGCUAUUUUCCAAAAGGAAAUUUGUGUACGAGAUCGAGGUGAAUGGUGUGAUGCCAGAACAGAAUGUAAAGCAAGUUGCUAAUAUUGACGUUCCAUUCCGCUAUGUCAGCAAUAUUCAUUUUACAGAAAAUGAAAUGAAAUUAGAAGUUCUUCAUCCACCAUUCAUGUAUCUUGGAAAGCAAGAACUCAUUGAUCCUACUCAUCCAGUAUCAACAGCUAAACAUGAUAAACCCAGGCUGAUAGAUUUUACAGAUGGUCAACUUAGUCAAUCUCCCUACCAUAAGAUUGUCUUUCGUGAUUUAAUAUGUACACGAUUAAAGGAGAGUUUGAUUGACUUUGAUAACAAGUUUGAGAAUUUGACAAGUCUGGUCUAUGUGGAAGUAUCCGACAAGAAAUUGAAACCUGAGAUUUACCAUCUUCCGAUGCAGCAAAAGAAAAAAUCUGAUAUUAUUGUUCCUCCGAAGCCGAAAGUUGUUCCCAGGAAAAGGAGAAGAAGUAGCCAAAGAUUAGACUCUGAUGACGACGGUUUAACCGACUUUCCUGGCUGCAUGUGCCGAAAGCUUUGUGGAAGCAGAAAGUGCAGCUGUGUGAAACUAAACAUUUCGUGUACUGAGAAGUGUAAUUGUAAUUUGGAAUCCUGUAAAAACACUUUUACAACACUUUCCUCAAUGGGAUAUAAUAUGAAAGAUAUUAGAAAUGAUCCUUGUUUUAUGAGGUACAUCAUUAUAGGAAUGAAAGAGGGAAUAUCUCUUGCAACACAGUUAGAAAUAGAGGUAGAACUACCUUGCUGCAAUAACAGAUCUAAGGUGAAAGAUUUGAUACCUGGUACUGUGGACUGCAAACACUGCAGAGAUCCUGUCAACAAACUGGAAUACUCCUGGUGUUUCAGAGAAGUUAGUAUGUACAAAGGUUAUAGAAAGCAUUGCAUUGCAUGUAAAUCAUGCAUAAAUGAUGAAGACCAGUUUCAUUGUAAGCAAGGCGGAGAAACAUACAGAGGACGUUUUAGCAAAACGGAGAAACAGACGGAGGACGUUUUAGCAAGGCGGAGAAACAGAGGACGUUUUUGCGGAGCAGAGAAACAUACAGAGGACGUUUUAGAAAAGCAGAGAAACAGACGGAAGACGUUUUUUCAAAGCGGAGAAACAGACAGAGGACGUUUUCUCAAAGCGGAGAAACAGACAGAGGAAGCUUUAGAGAAACAGACAGAGAACGUUUUUGCGAAGCGGAGAAACACAUGGAGGACGUUUUUUCAAAGCGGAGAAACAUACAGAGGAAGCUUUAGAGAAACAGACAGAGAACGUUUAAGCAAAGCGGAAAAGCAUACAGAGGAAGCUUUAGAGAAACAGACAGAAGACGUUUUAGCGAAGCGGAGAAACAGACAGAAGACGUUUUAG